UUUUGUUGUUACCCUUCCAGGUUUCUUAAUAUUACACUGUGUUAAAUUUUCCAAAAUGGUGAAACAAAUUGCUUCCAUGGAUGAGUUCUACUCAAUCCUCCAGACACCGGGAUUGGUUGUCGUCGACUUUUUCGCAACAUGGUGUGGUCCAUGCAUGAACUUUGCUCCCAAAUUUGAAAACUUCGCCAGGGAGUACUCCUCCGUCACCUUUGUAAAGGUUGACAUUUCGGAAUUCCCCGAGCUCCAGACCAAAUACGCCAUCACCAGCAUUCCAGCCUUCAAGCUGUUCAAGAACGGUGAUGUUGUUGGCGAGGUUGUUGGUGCCAGCGCCAUCAAUUUGAAGAACGCUAUUGACAAGAAUGUAUAAAUGUCAUGAUCCUUGUUGUGUAUACAAUGGUAUAAAUUCCUUUUUCA